AUGAAUGCACUUGGCACCGUUAAAGCGGCCCUUGCGGACUCGCUGGUCACCAAUUCUACACUCAAGGAAGCAUUCGAACUCGCCAGCUUCGUGACUGAUCGCUCUAAGCGCUUCAAGGACGUUGCACUUAAUCCAGACCAAAAACACAAGCUUCGCCGUGUUUUGAACCACUUUCUCAUCCCAGAUGUGAAACCAAAGUUUGUGGACGAUGAAGAUACGGAAGCUAUUGAUGCAAAUGAGAUGCCAGAUGAUUGGCUGGCCAAGACCGAUGAGGAUUUAAAGAUGCCACUCCGCAUGAUUGAUAUCGAUACUAUGAACAUGGUUCCUACAUAUAGCUUGGGAAUUAAAGACCAGUAUUGUAUUGUCUCUCAUAGCUGGAAAGGCUCAGAAAUUACCUAUGGCGAUUUCACUCAAGCCAAAACCUUCGAGCCCUCUAAAAAAGCGGCGAAUGCCGAGUCCAACGAGCCAUCAAAUGAUGUGAACAACACCGUUGCUAAAUGUAAAGCGGAUAUUGAGGAGCUGGAGAAGAAAAUCACUUCAGCACUCCCAAGUGUUAAAGCGACAUCGGAUGGGAAACGCCCCGAGGAUAUCGUCACGCUAUUGGAAUGGUAUGCGGAUGCCAACGGGGCUGAAUAUGGUCUUGGAAGCGCACAGAAGCAGCUCCACGAGGCCACUGCAACGACAUCAAGUGCCUCUAGAGAAGCAAAGUACUACAAAAGCCUUUGGGAGACUAUCACCGCUCUCGAUGCUGAUACCAACCCCGACAAAGAGGCCUCAGCCGCACAUGGCAAAGAGAUGAAAAAAGUACUUUCAGCAAUUGAAGAUCUUACGACAGAUGCUGAGAAGAAGCGCCAGGAGGCGACAGAAAGGAACCACAAGGCUGUAGCCACUAGAGCAGCGGAAGACAGCAAGGUUGCCUUCUUCGAGCAAAAUCGUGAGCUAUCCUAUGGCAUUGAAGCACUGCUCGUGGCGCUACAACACAUUCGUUCCUCUCGAAAGAUUUUAGAAUCCAUCACCCAGGCCAGAAAGCUAUUCGAUAAACACUUUCCCAAAGGAGGAAAGCGGUACGUAUGGCUUGAUACAUGCUGUAUCAACAAAGGAGAUACUUAUGAAUUGACCGAGUCUCUGGCCUUGAUGGGAGACUGGUAUAGUAAUGCUGAUCUCUGUCUGGUACACUUGGAUACCCCGCGUGACGAGAGAGCCUGGAUUGAAGAAUGGAAGUACUGGAAGAACCCAUCAUAUGUUCCGAUCCCACUGAACAUGACCGAAUACGAGAAAAUCGGCGCCGAUGGCAGCGACGAAGAAAAGAAACAGUGCCAAGUUGAAUGGGCAACCCGUGGAUGGACCUUGCAGGAACUGGUUUUGAGCAAAGUAACAUACUAUGUCAAUUCCCACUGGCAGAAUUUGUACAGACCCGUUGAAGCUCUGGGGCCUUUAUACUUCCUUCGUCCCUUCCUUCUGCGCUACAUCCAGCACCCUUAUGUCAAAGCUCACAAGAAGGUUUCUGAGGGACUGAUUAACCAACUGAAGGAACUGCUUUCACCUGAAUUCAUCAAGCCCGACACGUCUAAGGAGGAGGAGCUUACUAUUAUGCUUCUCACUCUGGGCUUCCUUCCACCAAGAGGCUUGCAGGAGAAGCUGGCUGAAUCCCAGAUCGGAAAAGCAGCCCUGUCCGCCGCCAGGCAGCUGCCUAACACCAUCAACAAUCUUUUGUCGAAGAAGAGCAUUUCGGGUGAUACCUUACUAAAAGAACUCGCAAAUAGCCCCGACCUCGAUUCCAAGAUAUCCUUCUUCAACUACCUGCUGGCUGAAUUGGUGGAUCGCACAGACCAGCAGAUCCUUGCAGAUAGAAAGUUCAUCGCCAAAUUCAGUAAGGUAAUGACCAUGUCCAACUGGGUUGCUGGUGAUGGCCUCGGAAACUCAUCUGCCAUCACUUCCCUGGUCACCGCAUCUGACCGCCAAACCACCGUCGCCACCGACCAAGCGUACUCGCUGAUGGGUAUUCUCGGCGUGCGAUUCCCCGCUUUCCCUGCGGAGGGUCUUCCCAAGGCCUUGGCCCGCCUACUCGACGAGGUUGUGGUCGCUUACAAUGAUGUCUCUGUUUUCAACUGGUCAGGUAAACACCGUGGCAGCCCGCUUCAUGGUCGCUCUUUGUACCCUUCAAGCAUCGAUGCCUUCGUUGAACCCACCAACCACCCUUCAAACAAGUCUAAGGCGCAGACUAGCAAAAAGAUUUUGGAUCUGUUCCGGGCCCAGAGAGUUCGUCAAAGCAAAACUGCAAACAAUAUCAACAUGCUUCUUUCUGAGAUUCUCGCUCUCAGCAAAAAGCUGCCAGAGCAAUGUUCGGCUUUUGAAAGUUUGAGUGAAUUGGCGACGGCCAUCAAGCUUAGCACUUUCGACAAGCUGGAAACCCUUAUUGAUGACUUGAAAGCUAUCGCAGUCAAGCUUCAGGAGUUUGUACCUGAUGAGAGCGACGAAGACAGCAAGAACCAAAGCCUUGCUGGUAAGCUGGGAAACACCAUGGAACGAGUCGAUUCAUUCUCUAAGGGACUGAAGUUCGAGGCUCCUAAGUUCGAAGUGCCUAAAUUUGAGAAACCUACGCUCGGAUCCUUUGGAUGGGGCAAGAAGAGCAGUGAAAAGCCGGCUGAGAAGGCUGAGCCAAGCGAGCCUGCCACUCCCCCUCCACCCGCCGAAGAUGAAAAGUCAGAGGCCCAGAAGAAAUACGGGGAGCUGAAUGAGGCCAUUAAGAGCCUCACGGCUGCCAUUGUCAACCCUGAGGCAUCCAAGAGUUCUGACACAGAUUCUGACAAGGAUGUGCCAUUGGACCACAAGGUCGCUGAGAAGAACGAAACGGAUCUUCAGGAAGCCAGCGUUCCAUAUGAACCACAAGAGGAAAAGAGAAUGUCUUGUCCCAACCCUAUCACCGUGAGCAGUGGUGGUAUUCGAGGUAUCUUUGACGUUCAGCGAAUCAUCGUCAACAUGGUGGACCCCGACGUUCUACGCUCCAAGGUCCGAACAGCAGUCCGAGGUCAAAAGAUCGACGGAUGGUGCACUAUCAGCACUGGUCUUUCGAUGACCCUGGUCGCUUUCUCUGCCGAGCGAGAUGUUCUGGCGCAGCAGCUUGAUUUGGUUGAUGUGAUUAAGACUUAUCUUGAACCUGAAGUCUCCGCACCUCAGGAUGCAUCGGCACUAGAUGUCAACAAGGACACCACCCAGGUCAAGAAGGACGACAGCCUGAUCGGCGACAUCAAACAAGAGAAGACACCCGAGCAGGCCAAGGUUGCCCGUAUGAUUAACUUCGUGCAAAAGCAAGACCUCUAUGGCAUUGCUGGAGAAUGGGUCCUGGCUCGUUUCUCGGGUACCCCUGGCGCCAAAUGGUUCCUGUGUCUAUUGGAGCUGGGUGCCGGAAACGACUUCUACGGACACCGAAUCCCCACAGAUGAGUUCAGCUUUGAGGAUGCCGCUCCCGAGCGAGGAAUCACUGAAUACUGGCACCAGUUCACCAAGGAGAAGAAGGCGCGUACUUGCGAUACCCUCGACAUGUUCCUAAACCGCCAGAAAAUGUUGAAGGACGCUGGCAAUAACUUCGACUCACUGUCCAAGGUGGAGAACCCCUCACAGAGCUCUGGUGAAAGCGGCUGGGAUACAGCAUUUGAGAUUUUACAAAAUGUCUCGUUUGACAAAGUUGUCAGCCUGGGCAAAAUGGCUGGUCAAGGUGUUGGAGGCUUGGGUGCUGAUCUCUGGGCUAACCACCUUGAGGGCCGUAUUGAGAAGGGUGCUCUGAAGCGUGUGCCAGUGUCCUUGCGAACACCAGUGCGUGACCUUGAUCAUAACCGGAAGCUUCUGCCUGUCAUGUUCCACGCUGGACGCGAGAUGCAUAUGUUCUAG